CGUAGUGCCGACUCGGAGUGUGUAUUUCCACUGACAAGAAGCUAUGGGAUUAGCAAAAUAGUCCGGAGAUGCGUGUAUCUUCUUUGUCAUCUCUGAAAACAUUAUUAAUUAACCAUUUCUAUCCGUGAGAUGGCGUUAUUGUUCCAUACGAGCGAUGAUUUUUCAUUAUUGUGUCUUACGGAAGAAUGUCAAUAUCUUUAGCUUUGUGUAGAGCCAUAAAACGAACUUACCACCUGAGCUAACUUGCUAGUGCGUUAGCAGGCUCGACUCGACGACAUAAUAGGUUGCUCUGGUUUUGGGAACACUGUGUGCUCGCUGUGAGCUCAUCGAGGAUAGUAUCGGUCACUUUCAGAUAGUAUCCAUGGUCUACCGUAUCUUUCACGCCUGAAUUGUUGUGUAAUCGUUUGCCGCCCUGAUCGUGGGAUGGAGUGGCACCAGCUCACUUGCUAUAAAGCGAGCUAACAGCAAGUUAGCCGGUCCCCAGUGUCUUCGCAACGGUGGCAGAACACUAUCACUGCACUGCCUAAAAAUACACUUACUUUCUUGUGCUCAGUGCCCCUUCAAAAGUGGUGGGCUAGUCCACACUGGGUUUGUGUUCGGCUUUUCUGCGCAAAUUGCUCGGAGUUUGGCACUCUACAUGGUCACUACAGUGAAUUUAAGACGACUUGAAGAACGAGUCGGACCCCGAGGUUGUGAGCCGAACUGGCCUGAUCUGACAUUACAUCGCACCGGCCGGCGAGCUUCAGGUCUCAAGGGGUAAUAUAACAGUCCUUGGUCCGGACCAGGGUAGCAAGAUCGAAACGCUGUAAAGGUCAGAUAAAACCGCUUUGUUUCGACUGUCAACUGCCUGAAAUUGGAAAGGCAUAUUUCAUCUUUCCACAGUAGACACCAUGUCGGAGGAUAACAACGCAGACAAGUUCAUCAAGGAGACCUCCAUUCUAGAUGAGUACAACAUAAACUGGACGCAGAAGUUGGGAGCCGGCAUCAGUGGACCUGUCAGAGUUUGUGUGAAGAAGUCAACUCAGGAACGCCUGGCCCUGAAGAUCCUCAUUGAUCGCCCCAAGGCCAGAAAUGAGGUGCGUCUCCAUAUGAUGUGUGCCAACCACCCAAACAUAGUGCAAAUCCUGGAGGUUUAUGCCAAUAGUGUCCAGUUCCCGCACGAGUCCAGUCCAAGAGCAAGGCUCCUGAUUGUUAUGGAGAUGAUGGAGGGCGGUGAGCUGUUCCAUAGAAUCAGUCAGCACAGGCACUUUACUGAAAAGAUGGCCAGCCAGGUCACCAAACAGAUCAGUCAAGCCUUGGAACAUUGUCACUCCCUAAAUAUUGCACAUCGUGACCUGAAGCCAGAGAACCUGCUCUUCAAGGAUAACUCUCUGGAUGCACCUGUGAAGUUGUGUGACUUUGGCUUUGCCAAAAUUGAUCAGGGAGACUUGAUGACCCCUCAGUUCACUCCCUACUAUGUAGCACCUCAGGUACUUGAGGCUCAAAGAAGACACCAGAAAGAAAAGUCUGGAGUUAUACCUACCUCACCCACUCCUUAUACCUAUAACAAGAGCUGUGACUUGUGGUCUCUCGGCGUGAUCAUCUAUGUGAUGCUGUGCGGCUAUCCCCCAUUCUACUCCAAGCACCACAGUCGCACCAUCCCGAAGGACAUGAGGAAGAAGAUUAUGACGGGCAGCUUCGACUUCCCCGAAGAUGAGUGGAGCCAGAUCUCUGAGAUGGCCAAGGACAUUGUACGCAAGCUGCUGAAGGUGAAGCCAGAAGAGAGGCUGACUAUUGAGGGAGUCUUGGCACACCCUUGGCUCAACUGCACUGAGGCCCUUGACAACGUGCUGCCCUCCGCCCAGAUGAUGAUGGACAAGGCGGUAGUCGCAGGUAUCCAGCAGGCCCAUGCAGAGCAGUUGGCCAACAUGAGAAUUCAGGAUCUGAACGUCAGCCUGAAGCCCUUAAACUCUGUCAACAACCCAAUCCUCAGGAAGCGGAAACUACUGGGACCCAAGCCCAGUGACAGUUUCUUCAUUCACGACCCAGAGAACGGAGGAGAAGACUCCAACGUAGCGCUUGAAAAAUUACGAGAUGUCAUUGCACAGUGUAUCCUACCACAAGCUGGAGAGAACGAGGAUGAGAAGCUGAAUGAGGUGAUGUACGAAGCCUGGAGAGUCAACAGAGACUGUAAACUGCUGAGAGACGGCCUGCAAGGCCUCAGCUGGGACGGACGAGCUUUCUCUGAUAAAGUCGACCGCUUGAAAUUGGCUGAAAUCGUGAAACAGGCCAUCGAAGAGAAAACGAAUCUCCAAGAAUCUCAUUAGCAAACGCUGUCUUUCUAUCUUCUUUUUAUAUUGUUUGUUAUGACCCUUUUUAACCCAUAUCUGUAAAGAGGCUUUUUAAGUGAAAUGAUGUGCUAAUUUGUUUUUUCUUUUUUUGUUUUUCUUUUUUUUUUCAUGAAUUCACUUGCAAGACCUAUUGUACAGCUGUAGAUAUAUUUCAAAGAGGACUCAUUGGUACUAUAAUUUUUUUAAAUAGACACUUGCAAAUAACGUUGAAAAAAAACCUAUAUUUUCAUUUUUUGCAAAAAACAAAAGAAAAAGAGAAAAGAAGAGAAAAUUGUUAAAGAAAUUAUUUUCUGGGAGGGAAUUUUUAUUAGCUGCUUGUCACAUGUUUUAUCCCACUUCUUUAAUUUUAUUCUAUUUUAUUUUCUUUUAACCAACCAUAGAAUCUUAUUUAUUUAAACAGAAUUCCUUUAUUUUAUACUUUACUUGUAGCCUGGCAGAGGGCUCUGAAGUCGAGAGAAGUUGUCUGCAAUGUGACUUUGUUCUUCCACACAUGCUCUGAAUCUCAGACUGUGUUUAACUUAUCUGAAUCUUUGUUUAUGUGUAUCUUUCCCCUUGGCCUUUUUGUUGUACAGAGGUCAAGGCAGAGUGGGGGGAAAAGUGGAGAGAAGAAAGUGUCAUGAAAUAGACAAAUGCAGCCUCAAAUUAAUUUUAUCACAACCCCUUUUUGAAGCUCAAAAGAGACAACACUAUGUAGAUCAAAGCAGACUGAAUAGAUGUAAAGAUCAGUGUGUUUAGACAAAAAAGAGUCCUAACCCCAAGUUCACUUAUUAGCUUCAUUCUGGAGUUUUUUAACUGCCUCACAGCCUUCUGUAGAAGAUGUGAAGGCUCUUUCACACUGUGAGAUGCAGUCAAACACUCCAACACUAAGACUUGAGUUAAAAAAUGAACUUCCACACCCAGCUGGAGUUAAAGUGAUGAAGCUACUUGCCAGUCUCUGAAGUUUAUGUCAGGCAAGUAAAAUGAAGUGAUGUGUUUUUUUUUCUUUAAUUAUUUUAUUUUCCCUCCCCCAAAUACUUGCAAUAGGCUUUUUAUGUCUUCUCACCCCUACUAUGAUUCUCAAAGGUCUUGAAGGCAGAAUGGGCAGCAUUUGUCUGUUGUAAGCACAACAUUCAAAGUUGACCCCUCCUCCUUGGCUCAUAGCUUCCUGUUUGAUGCAUGCUUAUGAUCAGAUGCCUGGCCUGUUUGUAUGAAGUCCCGCCCUCACAUCUUUCGCACCGUCAUUGGUUGUGAGCUACGCACCCACUGUCCAAAGGUUGAUGGCCAGAACCUUCACGAACACAACAGAAUACGGACAGAGGGCAGCGUCUCUGCGGGUACGGGUACCCCAACACACUUCUGAUGGGUCUUAAGGGAGGAUUCAGAGGGUUUCAUGUUUGUUUUUAUGAAGUUCACACAUUCUGCCUUUAAGUUCAGUUGAAGUUGCUGAUCUGUGAAAGUGACACAGUCUGAGCUGUUGUGACAUAAAAAUUGUAUCUCCUUAAAUCCAGACCAGGUUUAGUUAAUAUUUAAGUCCUUUCAAGCAAGAGCGCUUGCUAUUGGAGCCAAGAGGGAAAAAAAACACCUGUAUUUAGUGUCUUCAUAUCAGGAAAAAAGGUCUGGAUGGACAGGAUUUCACUCAUGAAACAUGCUGUGCACACUGAAUGUGCAAUAGGGCAAUAAUUGAAUCAUUCAUCCAUAGUGCGUGCAUGUACAUGGUCAUGAUAUAGUGUGUAUCUAUCUGUCAGUAUUACUGUCUAACCCUCCCCAAUUCAUUUCAGGGGCCAGAAUACAAGAAAAUGUCCCAUCCCUUCGUUCAUCCUCAUCCUGUAGUUGUCAUUAAUACCGUAUCAUUGGUUAACCAGAGCAAACAUUUACACUGUACUGAUUGAUAUCUGAUGUCUUCAAAGAGGGGUUGCCAGAGGGCUUGGACAGGGUUUGUUCAGUGCCUGAUUAUUUCUUCAAUACUGAAUACUUUUUUUUUUUUUUUAAUUCUAAAACAAUCUUAAGAGGUUUGUUAAGAAGUUGCCCUUCAGUGCGGUCUUAGCUUUAUACCGAACAUAAUUUCUUGUUAAGAUUACUGCAUUAACUGCUUGUUUUUGACCUUGAUGAAAAGAUCAGUCUGUUCUGAGCAUUUAGCAAACAAUGGUGCAAUAUGUUGUUGCUGUCCACUGAAAGUCUUGGAUCUCCAGUUUUGGUGGGUUAACAUUUUGAGAUAAACUGAAGGAUUAGGUGUUCUUUUUAUGAGCUGACAAAACAUUACUUCUUAAGCUAAAUAACCCAUCUGAAAACAAAUUGGAUUAUCUUUUUGCACUGUCAUGAAGCUAAAAUCAGGGCUGUUAGGUCAUCAGUAGUUGACAUUUUUGAGACACAGAGCAGUGAGUGUCAGUGUGGGCCUUCCUUUGUAUGUCUGUAUUUCUUAUUUGGGUUUUGCUUAAAAAGAUUUGAGCAAAGCAGUCAUUACUAAAAUGAUUCUGAGAUCAUUAGAAUUUUGUCGAUGAUGGUUUAUCAUACAGUCUCUUUUAAAAGCUUAAUGAUAACUGCAUCUUGUGUUUGAAAAGACUUAAUAUGACAUGACAAAGUUGAACACUCAAAUGUGCCUUGUUAAUGAGACAGCAUCUUCAGCCUUUACUGCAUUUAUAAGUAAAAAUGCCUCACAGGAUGAAGGGAAACUCAGAAUCGUUGAAGUAGUGAUGUGGGCUGUGACGUGCUUGUUUUGGUGUUUUAGUUUGGCAAUGUUUUAUUGAAAUGCAACUAGUGUCAUAUUUAGAGAAAAAGAGACAUUUUAUUUGUUGAUUUAUAUCUUUACGGUAUUCCAACUUACACAUUAAAGAAAUCGCUCAGCAUUUUGAGAAAUAUGCUUAUUCACUGCUGGAAGUUUGUGUUCAAAUAGAAUUUUGAUUCCAGUCUGUCUGUGGGCUACGGCAAGCAGCUGGUUAGCCUAGCUUAGCAUAAAGGCUGAAAUGGGGGGGCAACAAGCCCAACUCUGUCCACAGGCAACACCUUUCAGAGCUCACUAAUUAACACGUUGUGUCUAUUGUUUCUUUUUCUGUCUUUCUCUUUUUUUUUAAAAUCCUCCUUAAAACACCUAAGUUGUUUUUGUGCAGACUAAGCAAAUGAGACAUAACAUGUUUAUUUGCGAGCUUCAGAGGGGCCUCAUUUACCAGGCAGAAAUGUUGAACUUUUGCUUUAAUGUGCAUCACUCAAGUUUGUAUUUUUUUUUAAUGUCGAAUCAUACAUUUACAUUGUCAUACAUAACACAUUAAGCAUACAGUGUUGGCAGAAUCAGCAGAGCCACUCCCUAAAGGUGCCGUUUUGUUUUGCUUUGACCACACCUGUGUGGAUGUGUGACAGUAUGUUAGUGAUUAAUAUGUACUAGUCUGUUUCAGUGUUGAUUUUGUACAUUUGGAGGCCUUUUCAGAGCGAAUCCUUUUAAAUCUCUUCCCCACCCACUAAUUUAUAUCUUCUGUGUUGGCUGAGCGUUAUUGUUGAAGGGUAGUUUAUUUAUUAGCAUUUUGUUAUGUAAAGCCAAGUCAUGUAUCCUGAUGUUGAUACUCCCUAUCAGUGAAAAUCAACAGGACUUCUCGUCCUUGUGACUUCGUUUAGCUGCUGUUUAUCUGCUCAGUGCUGCUAAAAAUCCCAGCAGGCAGAAGGUUUUGAAGAUGCUACUAAAUACCAGCUUAUUAAAAAUGACGUGAAAGGCAGAAAUGGUUCCGUCAGCACUUCUGAAUAAAUACCAGUUGCUUCCGUUUCAUCCCAUGUGACCUCGUAAAAUUUUAUAUGUUGAGUUGAAAUAAUUUCCUCUGGCAUCGGAGAUGUAAAGCGGAAAAACAAUUUAUUUCACAUGCAGUAGCCAUUCCUGUUUAUGUUUCAAAAGUCAGGGAGAAAUUGAGAAGAAAGGUGAGAGUUUUCCUGAACAUUUUCUCUGCUUUAGCAGUGUGUUUAGUUUUCCUCUGGAUCUUGCAGUUAAGUAGCAUGUACCUAAAUCCCUCAUCAAAGACUCACUGUAUCUGUCUACUUUUUGCCCUUUUCUGUUUUUUCGCAAUUGUCAUCCUCAUGCUGACUUUGUAAUAAAAGAACUAUUUGAUUUUUGAA